GAUGUUGUAGCGUGUGGUCUGUGGUGACGUUACGGUGAUAGUAUUCGGGUGAUUUAUUUGCGGUCCUUGUGUAUUUUUCGCGUUUGAAAGAAUAACAAAGACAAAAACAGAACGAACGAAAUAUGUCUGAGAUUGAUGCGAAAGUGAACAUGUCGCUUGGUAAGUGGCCAGAGUCUCGAAAAUCUAGCAGUUUUGCUGAUAGUCCUGGGUGAGCGUACGGCUACUGUUUCUUCCUUUGCACGAAUUCAAAAUGGCGAUGAAAAUUAUACAACGUAGAUAUAUAUCCACAUUUAUUUUCGUUCAUUUAACAUCCAAAAUGCUAAAUAGAUCUCUAAGAAAAUAAAACAAAGAAACGUAUCUGUGUCAGACGAUGAACCAACUUUUGAUACAGGAUCGUUUCGUCUCCCUAAUUAAUUAUUAAGCAAAAAAAGGCAGACAUUUUAAUCGAUGUUUACUUAUGAGAGGAUGUAUGGUGUCUUUUCUAAUCGCUGGAAGAAAAAUGUCCUCACUAUUUAUACCGAUGAUCGAAUAACCAAGUGUAUAUGAAUUCCGGACUUUUUCAAAAGAACCAAUUCAAUUUCAACGAAAUAGGAACGAAAUAGAUAACAGGCUUCUACUAACGACAGUGGUAGUAAAGAAGAAGAAAAAUAUAUCCGCCAUGAAGAAUUUAUACAUUCUGGGAAAAAUACUAUGAUUUACGUAGGAUUGGCGGUGAGGGGAUUUCUUACAAUUUUUGACCAAUUACUCGAGAAAUUUGUCGAAUGGAAAAUUUACGUACCUGAACAUUUUUGGAUAAUAACACAACCGAAGUUAUGAUUCAUGAUUUACGGAAAAGAAGUCAACUUUCUCAUUACGUGGGAUAUACGUUUGCAUAACUUUAGUCGUAUUUUUAUCUCUUCUAUAUCAUAUUCCUCGAGUUUCUCUUUGUUCAUCUGAUGAACUUGAGAGAUGCUACACGUUAUACGUGAGAUAAAAACACGUUGAAAAUUUUCAAAUCGAUUUUAUUUUUGAACGCAUCACGCGUUCUAUGAAAGUAUAUGGAAUGUCUGCGACAAAUAAUAAUCGCCGUUGAAUUCGAGAAUUUAACUAAAUUCUAAAUGAAAAUGGUAUUUAUGUAUGUUACAAGUGUGCAAUCCAGAAUAAUUUAAGUUUAAUAUUAAAUAUGUUCGCAAUUUGUCACUUAAAAACAUGCAUUGUAUAUAAAUGAAUACUUCAUGAUAUGUCAAAUGUUAUUUAGAAUUAACAGAAGCAUUUUUAUUAAACAAAUUAUUAAAAAUAAAAAGCCCGACAGAGUGUGAUCGUUUAAACAAUCAAGAUAUAUAAAACUGCAAGAAGAAGCAUCUAUGUGAUUAAAUAUUAUAUCUAAAUCAGUUAUUAAAUGACUUAUUAGAUAACUGGAUUUUAUUAAUUUGCAUGUAAGACUCGAAGGCAUCUACUUCAACAAAUAAGAGAAAUUUUUAUGUAAUCUACAAACUUUCGUCUACAAGCAACACAUCAAUGGAGGCAAUAUAAUAUUGGUUUAUGAUGCUUAUGUAGUGGAAAAUUUUGUGGAUAACAUACUAAUUGCAUAAGAGAAGACAACUUGAGAAACUUUACCUUCAACUGAAAGUAGAUAUCUAUCAGAAAUAAUGCCACUAUGCUAUUAUAAAAUAUCAAUAAUGGAUCUAUUCAAUUAUAAUAUUGUUCAAAUAUAAUUGAUGUAAUAACCAAUAUUAAUAGCAAUAUAGUUAGUCUGUUUUCUUUGUCAAUGAACAAUGAAUAACAUGUUCUUGUUAAAUUGAAAUUGAAAUGGAAGAACAGACUAAAACAGACAAUGUAAUAUAAAAAUUAUAUUUUGAAGAUAUGCAUUGAAUCAAGAGAAAAACUGAAAUAUGAUAAACAUGCAGAUAUAGAAAGUGUGAAGAAUUACAAAGUAUGAAGAAUCUUCAGUAUGCAAGAAAGUACACAUGAAAUUUAUGUAUCAGUGUAUAAAUAAUUGGAACAUUCAUGGAAGAUCACAAUGAAAAUAACACAGAGAGAAAGGACAUUUAUUAAAUGAAAUCAUAAAGAUGGAGAAAAAGGAGAAAAAGAAAAAGGCCGGGGCUACUAAUGGAAAAACUGGUGCUAAACGCACUCGAGGAAGUGUGCGAGGGCGAAGUGGACUCAGAGGUAGAGGUACCAGAGUAAAGCGUAAUGUUGGAACUGCUAAAAAAGAGCAGACAUGGCAAGCUGGGCAAAAUAACAAUAACAACAACAAUAAUAAUAAUAAUGUGCGUGGUGGUUUUGUGAGAAAACGAUAUAAGAAAAACAGUGGUUUAACUAGAUCACGGAGUAAUUUAACAUUAAAUCAGAAACCUAAUACACGAGGAGCUUUUAAUGUUCGCCGUGGUCGUGGUAAUAGAUUUGGUCUGACUCGAAGUAGAAGUCGCACAAACUUGACUUUUACACAAGGAGGCUUUUUCACCAAUAAUAAGACUCCAUUAAAACGAACGAACAGUUUACCAAAUUUACGUGAUCCAACUUCGGUUCAUAAUCGACUGGGAUAUCAAAGCCCUGCUCAAAUUGCUUACCGAAAUCGUGUUAAAAGAGCAAAACAAUUGCUGCUACAAAGACAGAACCAGAGAUUAUCCUUACAAAACCAAUUCAGAAUUCCACAAGCUGGGAAAUCAUUAUUAUCACUCCAACAAAGAUCCACAGAUAGAAGACAACAAAUUUUAACUUCUCAACGUCGCUUUACUACUGGUGGAUUACGAUCGGAUCAAAUUGCCCGUGCACAAAGACGUGCACAAUAUGAACAAAAAUUAAUGAGAAUGAAUUCCUCGCGAUUAAAUACAAACUCAAAUGUAAACUUCAUGUAUACAUUGGGAAAUGAGUACAGUCCUAGCACGCAUCAACGCCCUCUUACUCUUACCCCAAGCAGAAACGGAAGUGCUGUGAACAGUUUGCGCCCAUUACCAAGAGGAAGGUCUCCAUUUAGACAAAGUGUACAAAAUUUGAAUAUGGUUGGUCGAUCACCUAUGUUUGGUCGACAACGUUCAAGGUCAAGAUCGCGUUCUCGUUCUCGUACACGCAACACUCCUUCAUCAGACGCAAGACCAGAUGUCGAUGAUCGUACUUUCAGCGAAGUCAUGUAUAGCUUGUCCGGAAAUCUCGGCGUUACUGGAAGAACGCUUAAUGAUAGAUUUAGUUUUUAAAUUGAAGAAGGAAAGUUUGUUUUGUAUUUAGAAUAUAAGACUGUUGAGGCCAGAAAUUUUAUGCUUGAAACAUAUAUAUUAGGUAUAAUGUUUUCUUAUCAAUUGCAUUAAUAUUAAAGUUACAUCAAGUAGAAA